AUGCCCGAUUUCUUCCCAUUCAUCCCUGGCACCGAGACCUCGCGCACCGCACGCCAGCACGCCUCCGACGCCUCGCCGUUGUUGGGCCGUUUCCGCGCCGUUCCCAGAUCCUUUGUAGACCAACAAAGCUCCCCUCGCUACCAUCCCCGCGGUGGCCGCCGCCAUCGCGCUUCCUCGACCUCGCAACUCGCCGCGCUACUUUCAGCCGGUGGAAGGGGGAGUGUACAUGUUGGCUAUGGAGCCCUUGUGACGGCCGCGCUGGAAUCGGACGACAACUCGAGCGACGAAUUUUACGAUGGCGAGGAUGAAGCGAGCUGGUUCUCAAGGACGAUAAAGGUAGUGGACCGGAACGUACAGGAUCUCUGGGUCGCGCCGAAGCAGGCCGCUGUGAAGAGAGUGGUUGAAUGCUGGUGGAGGAGGUGGAGCCUACUCAUCUUUCUGCCCGCUGGGCUGGCGGUUAUAUGGUGCGCCAUUCCUUUUCCGAAGUAUCCUUUACGCGAGGAUGACUGGGACCGGAAUCCCGGGUCCCAGGAGGACCAUCGAGUGCCCGGCCACGGCUCAGCGCGCGUCCAGGUGAACUUCUGGUUCUUCCUGUUUGUGUAUUAUGGCUUCUACAACCUGACAGCUCUAAUUUGGAUCACGAAAGUGUUCAACCUUUACAGCUUGAACUGGUGGCCAUCGACCCUAGGCUUUCCCCUCACUAUUUCCCUGAUUGCUAUUCUGGGCAUUGCUGCUCCUAUCCCAGUCUAUAUGGUGCCCAAGCUCAACUUCCUCACCAUCCAUAACACUGCUUGGAUUUCAUGGACCUUUAUCAUCAUGGCCAUGCCCGUUGGUAUCGCCUUUUGCAUUAUGAUGCUGAACGAGCGACACCUAGGGUUACGGCAGUCUCUAUCCGAGACGCAACGAAUUUUCACAACCUCUUGGUGGACCGGUGAGCCCGACAGCGUCUCUGCCCGUAACAAUCGUCGACACGCAGGCCUAAGGGGACACGAUCUUGACCCUGACGCAAUGUUGCACACAGCUCCGCGUCCCCGUGGCCGAAUUCCGGCGGCGAUGCGGCGGAACUGGCUUCCAGCAAGCUUUGUGCGCUUUGUCUGGUUUUGUCUUGCGCUCCUAGUCGGCUUACUGGCCUACUUGAUAGGGGAGGCCUACGCUGAGAUCUAUUUGAGGACUCUGCCUCAUACCAACUUGGAAACUGUCGUCUACGUCUACAGCUGGAUUCUGACAGUCCACCUACUAGACGCUUUGACCGGGUGGAUACUGGGUGCCAGCGAGGGUGAAAGGGUGGGCAGCUAUCCAUUAAGUUGGAUUUUCAAACUCUAUUUCAUGCUCACCUAUCAAACCUACGUCCGAGCACUCUAUGCGCGACUACGCUCGCCCUCACAGUUCAUCUUAUUGCAGGUUCUUUCGUCGAGCUUUCUCAUCAUCCUGACACCUAUCACCAUGUCGAAGACGUAUCACAAAAUCAUGGGCUUCCUUGGUGUCACAACGCAGUCAUACGCCUCCUAUCAGAAGCUACGCAUCCGAGAUGUCUUCAUACGAUUCCUCGCCGAAAACGUAAGCAUGCUCACCUUCCUCGGCAGCAUACUGGUGUUACACUUUGGUCCCAAUAAGGACGUGUAUCCUUACUUCACCUUCGAUGACCCAACGCGAGACGAGGGUUAUGAUUUUGGCCUAACGUUCUACGCUGCGAUGAUCACCUGGGCGUGCGAGCUAGUUGCAGGCAUUGUCCUCAGGGGGCUGAUCAUGUGGAUUUUCGGUGUCAAUGCCAGUGUGGAGGGCAAGUUGGAUCUUGCGGUUUGGCCCGAGCUAUUGCCUACCAGUGUCGCAGUCAUGCUGCAUGUACUACAGAACAUGCUGUUUUCUAUCAUUCGGCUGCAUUUCCGUUGA